AUGGCACGGAUGCAGGGCGGACGUUGGUUGGAUGUAGCCGCAAGUGGCACUUCCUUUUCCAUUCAGGAACACGCGGCGCUAUGCCGCUUAAUGGAGAAAAUGCCCAAUCCGGCUACGCAGUACCCUCGAGUGUGGGCCUUUCUCGGCUCCGAUCGGAAAAAUGAAUGCUUGCAAGCGAUCUUUGCCGAGAACACUUUCGUUAGGGCGGAUUCCUACACGACAAUUCGUCUGAGGGGAGAUGCAGCGAGCUUGCACUCCAAAUCCCCCAUUUUCUUUGCUGAUGGGGAUCCAUGGGAUGAUUCUACGGUCAGUUACUCGAAAGUCGCCAGGCGAGGAAGCAUCUUUCCGAUUGAGUGGAGCGGGAGCACCACUGCUGCUGAGGUUCAUCGCAGCCUGUACUCUCAAGUCCUCUUCCUCUUCGCCGAUGUUGUGUGUCUGUUCCUAGAGGACUGUCGCCCCGGAUAUGACAUAACGAAACUCAUCGGGAACCACGAGUCGGUUAAUGGCCUCCCAGCCAAGACUCGUCCGCGUCUGAUCAUCAUUGUGGGAGACCCUGAAAAGACUAAUUGGUCCAGUGCCGUUGACUACAGCCAACAUUCGGGAAAUUUCUCGGAAAUAAGCAUAUUUCCCAUGACGGGUGGAGAGCGUGUUCCCGACCCGGACUAUGACCGGCUCAAGGUGUUGUUGCUGAUGCACUCGCAGGAAAUUCAAACCCUCCGUCAAGAUUACAUUGGGCGAGUAUCUACGACGGAAUUGGAAAGGUAUUUGCAUUUUGCAAUUAAACACCUCGCUAAGUCUAAUGAACAUUCGUUCGACUUCGUGCGCUCGUGCCGUGCGCCGAAGGAGAUACCUCCAGACAUCGGAGAAAAAGUCAACCGUGUCUACGAACUUUGUGUCGCUUCAGGACUAUCCGACUUUGAUAGUGCGCGAUUUAUUGCGUCCGCGCUGAUUAUGGACCAUUAUCGUCCUGAAAUGCCCCUGAUGGAUCCCCGGCUAGUGUACCAAACAUUCUAUCGCGCUGAUAUUUCUCAUUCAUUCUCCACUAAUCUAUCUUCGCCAAUGAAAUGGGUGGACUUAGUGGAAGACGCAAUGCUAAUUGAAUUUGCUCCCCUUCGCAGCGACGCCGUAACAGCUCUAGAACUGCGGAAAAAAUUUUUGAUUUCCCAAAAGGGUCACUACUCUGCGGUGAAAUCAAAUCGCGCAUGUCUGUAUUGUGUGGUUCGGGCGGCGCAGCAUUUCACUCCAUGCGACCACCCGCUGUGUGAUCUUUGCGCUCAGAAAUUUGGACAUCCAGCCGCAGAUAAGGAACACCACUACGAUGUGGAUCGGUGUUUGCUGUGCUGUGCCACGAUUUCGAUGGCCAUCGAGACAUUGCCUCCCACGAUGGAUCCCACCGUGCUCGCGAUUGACGGCGGCGGGACCCGCGGAGCAAUACCUCUUGAAUUCCUCAUUUUAAUCCAGGAGUAUCUCGGCCCAUGUCGAUUACAAGAUCUUAUUGAUCUGGACGUUGGAACGAGCUCAGGCGGGCUCAUUGACCUCGGUUUGCACGCAUUGGAUUUGCCCGUCUCGGUGUGCGCAGAGAUCUUCAGCCAACUGGCUCGAUGCAUAUUCCAAAAGCGGCGUCCACCCGCUUUCCCUUGGUUGCCCCGUACGGUCAUGUUGCGCUUGCGCCAGUGGUACUCAUGGUGGAGACAUGACAGUUGUUACGAUGGCUCGAUUUUUGGUGAGGUACUCCAGCACCUUUAUGGAGAUCAGCCUGUUUUCCGAAGUAUCAGCGCUGGCCCGUCUGGAACUAUCCGGUCUAGUACAAAGUUCGGAGUAGUAGCAACCAGUAUUGGCACGAAGACCGAAGCUGUGAUGAUUGGUAACUUUAACGCGGCGGAUAGCACGGCAGAUGAUUGCGGCUACCGACUUAUUCGACCUGGCAACAUUGAGCAUGAACCUAAGGUGUGCGAAGCUAUUUUCCCCCCCAUUGAUCUGUCCGUGGGAACCUUCCAGGAUGGGGGUCUGACAGAUAAUUUUGCCGGAGGGAUCGCUCGCCGGACAGUUCGACUGAUCUGGCCCUCCUGUCGCGAACCAGCUCGAUUGCUAUCGCUUGGUACGGGUAGUACGCCACCACCAUCCGGAGGUAGUUUGCCCCAUUUUCGAAAUUCAUUUCUGGAUGGAUUUCCCCGCCGCGCUUUCAGUGCGUGGAUGAAGUGUCUGGAACCGGAAGGUAAGUGGAAAGAAAUGAAGAGCCAACUCGAUGAGUCCAUUUCCCAGAACUUCCGCCGAUUGAAUGUUCCCUUGGAAGAGACCUCGUCAGCCUUGGACAACGUCGAAAUGAUCGAUCGCUACCGAGACCUCGUCUUGCGUUACCCUGGAAGUGCCACGAUGGCGAAAGAUGCCGCGUUGGAUCUCCUCACUGCCCGGUUCUUUUUUGAGCUUGAUGCUUGCCCUUCGGUUGAUCAAUCACCCUUCAGGCUCUACGGUACCAUCCGUUGUAAAGGGUCUGCUCGCCUUCUUGUGGCGGCAAUGGAGCGGUUGGCCCCACACCCAUUAGAGUUUGUCACUGAUCAACAUCGUCUCGGUUGGUUGGUUCCUGACCGGGAUAUCUGCCCUUCCUGUAACCGCUUCUGCUGGCCCGUGUCUUUACUCUGCCGCAACAGCGACCAGUUGCUUCACAUCUACAUCAAAUCCGGCCGGGAGAAAAGAUGGAACCUGAAUUCAUUCCCUACCACUGCGGCUAAGCUGGUGUGUCGGCAACAGCUGGAUGUGCCCUUUGGGAGAAUCGAUCAUGGGCAGCCUAGUAGACAGCCAUGCGCGGCAUGUGAGUGUGGCCGCCUUCCUUUUCGAGGUCGACGAAGAAGACGUAAUCUGGACUCUGCGGGUCAGGAGUGGAGAAAGAAGAGGGUUCGCGUGCAGUGA